AUGCUCUUGUCAAUUGUUGAAGUUAGUGUAUGCAAUGGUAUUGCCUCAAAUAAUGUGAAUAUAAAUGUAUCAAAUUACCCUUUUGAUAGAAAGCUUUACCAAGAUGUAUUGGAUUCUGAGUUAUGUCAAAGACAGUUGCAAUAUUUGACAGGAAACAAUACUGGCUUAAUGUUCCGAUUUCAGGAUGCCAGUGCAAGACUACCUAGAGGAAUAUUACAAGGCAAUUUGGUGGACUUAGGCAAUUUUCAUCAAUGCCUAAACAUAAACGAAGAUGCAGAUAAUAUGCAUAUUAAAGGAAAAUAUUGUAUGACAAGAGUAUUGGCGGAUGAUAAUUCCCAAAUGCUUAAUUUCCUAUCGGAUUGGCCGUCUGGUGAUAUAAAUAAAAGAAUAGAUAAGAUGACGACUGACCGGGUUAAAGAGUAUCUAAAACUGGAACGCAGCUUUCGACCAAUAUUUGGAAUGCCUGAACGUAAUAUAAGGGUUGGUGCAGAUAAUCCUAUGUCACUUGUGCAAUCAGGAUUUGCCAUGUGUAUACCAGCAUCUUGCACAACGGAGGAAGCGUUAACGGCAUUUUUCUUUAACUUCACCGGAACCGGAAUUACUUUGAAUGAAGAUUUUUGCCGCCUCCCAAAUGACAAGCCAUGGGUACCAGCAGAUUAUAUUGCGAUAGUUGUAUUUUCAACUAUUGGACUGCUUGUCAUAUUUAGUACGAUCUACGAUAUUUGGAUGACGUUACUUCUAAAAAAAGAUUCUAAAGAUGUGAGCGUCUUAUAUAGUUCGUUCUCUGUAUAUACCAAUGGCCGACGCUUGCUUACAUUCAAGUCUGGUCCCAAUUCAUUAAACUGCAUUGAUGGUAUCAGAGCUUUAGCAAUGUUCUGGGUCAUCGCUGGCCAUACUAUUUUUUCUGUAGCUUACUGCAUCAAUAGAAUCGACGGUCUGCUUUGGGUACUAUCAAAGAAGGCGUUCUGGAUCACAUCUGCGCCUAUUACUGUUGACACGUUUUUCAUGUUAAGCGGUCUUCUUGUCGUUUAUACUACCGCAGGAAAAUUAAAUAAUGUUCAACUAAUAAAAAAUCUGCCACUUUUCUAUCUGAGUCGCCUUCUCCGGAUGUUCCCGGUCCUCGCUGCCGUGAUCUUGUAUUUAGUGUCAUUCCACAACCGCAUUGCGGACGGUCCUAACUGGAAUGCACCAGCGAUGAACGUGCUCACUUGCAGGCAGUAUUGGUGGUCCGCACUAUUGCAUAUACAGAAUUGGUACAAUCCCAAGGCUAUGUGUCUUGCUGAGACCUGGUAUCUAUCUGUUGAUGUUCAGUUGCACAUAUUGUCACCGAUCAUAUUGUACUGGGUGUUAACUGGCAAAAAACUCUGGGCGUGGAGUGCAUUAACUCUUGGUUUAUUAUCAUCUCUCGCUGCUGCUACUGCAUAUAAUUUUGUUAAAAACUUUCAAUCGGGGUCAUUUUCACAAAAUGAUGAAAUACAAAAAUACCAAAUCUACUAUUACACGAAUACUUUAACUCGCGCAUCGCCUUUCUUCGUGGGAAUGAUAUUCGGUUACAUAUUACAUCUAUGGAAAGGAAGACCAUUACAAGUCAAUAAGAUAAUAACUAGCAUUACUUGGUUAUGUGCACUGUCACUUCUCGGGCUCGUAGUAUACUGCGCACGAUUGAAUGUCGACCAAGACUGGGACAAUCAGUUGGUGGACAACAUUUUAAAUUCCUUCAUGAGACCCGCUUGGGCUUUAGGACUUGGAUGGGUGAUCUUGGCUUGUGUGAAAGGUCACGGAGGUCCAAUAAACUGGUUCCUAUGUCUUGAUGUAUGGAAGUUGCCGGCACGUUUAUCAUACGCGAUGUAUUUAAUACAUUUAACUGUAAUCACUACAAAGUAUUCGGCAGCUAGUCUACAAAAUUACUUUUCUGUAGAAAAUCUGAUAUUUGACAUAACAACAUUCUUGAUCAUUACGAUGAUGGUUGCAUUCGUGGUGACCUUGGUCAUUGAUGCACCAUUCACUACAUUAUUCAAACUUCUUCUGUCUAAAGAUUUUACGACAAAAACACAAAAAACAGCAGUUUUAAAAGAAGUAUCAGAUACAGAUCCGAAUGUAACGGAUCAAUAAGUUGAAAC